CAGCUGAGAAAUAUAUAUUGUCUCUACUCUUCCUGUUAGAAAAUAUAUAUCGUUCUCCCUUACCUCAACAAUUUUGAAUUAAUUUUGAGCAAUAAUUUCUGCAAAACCGAAAUAAUAAAGUUAAAAUUUUUAUGAACUUAAAGCUUAAACGUAAGUGUCUGUGAUAAUGAAAAAGUUUAAAUACGUCCUUUUUAGCAAAAUGUAUACUUUUAAAACGUUGGUGCUAAUUCUUGCCUACAUAGAGUAUGUGUCGAGUUUUGACUCAAGAAAUGUAGUUUUCACGAUUGUGAGUCAGCAGGAGCCUUAUCAUGCGAGUGUGGCCAAACGACUCAAAGAGAAUAUUGAGACACAAGUGUGGGAGUUGGAAGAGCGACAGCCAAAGGUUCAUGUAACACACGAAGACUUUCCCAUACCGGGCGCUUGGACUAUUAUACCACUUUUGAGACCUUUGGUAACUAAAUACAAUGGAAGCGACGUGAGAUGGGUGGUGUUUGUGGAGAGCCAUACUGCUGUCAGGUGCAAGAGACUGAUCGAUGCCCUUGCAGCUGCCGAUAGGCAUAAGGAUACAAUGUGGAUCGGUUAUCCGUUGCGCGAUGACGAACCGACCAUAAUCCACCAUUUCACGUUUUACGAGGAGCUGGAAGAAGAAGGGGGUUUCGUUUAUCCGAAUUUCGCAAGUGGUUUCGCCAUGCGAAUACAACUCAUGGAGAAACUCCUGGAUCAAAUAGAACGAGGUGAUCGUAAAUUGGAAGCGGACUUCUCCAUAGAUCCGGCCUUCGAACUAGCUCAACUGAUUUACGGAGACAAAACGAACCCUGGGCCUCUGCUGACGGCCGACCCGAGCUUUUGUGUGGUCUCCGCAGAUAACUGCGCCACUUAUCCGCGCCAGUUCGACAUAUGUGGCAGUCCCAUACCCGAGUCGUCGAUAUACUUUGCCGUGAAGACCUGGAGCGGCUUCCACUCGACCAGGGCGAAGGUCGUCAAGAAGACUUGGGGAAAGCACGUUACGAACAUCAUGUUCUACAGCGACAAAGACGAUCCGUCUCUGCCGGCCGAGGCUGUGGGCGUACCGAACACGAAGACGGGUCACUGCCUCAAGACGGUUACCAUAUUGCAGAGGGUGGUCGAGAGGGUCCGCGACCUGCCGCACGUUAAGUGGAUAUUUUUGGCCGACGACGACACCAUCUUGGGCGUGCAGAGGCUGUGCGAAGUGCUGAGCUGCUACAGGGGCGGCGAUGACGUCACCAUUCUAGGUGAACGGUACGGGUACGGCUACGGGAAGCGAGAGACCGCCUCUAAAGGGUACGACUACGUGACGGGCGGCGGCGGCGCGGCGCUGAGCGUGGCGGGCGCGGCGGCGCUGGGCGCGUGCGCGUGCGCGGACCCCGCGGCGCCGGACGACAUGACGCUGGGCGCGUGCGCGCGCAUACUGCGCCUGCCCCUCACGCACUCGCCGCUCUUCCACCAGGCGCGGCCGCGGGAGUACGCGCGCGAGGCGGUGGCGCGCGACCGCCCGGCGACGUUCCACCGGCACGAGCCGCGCGACCCGCUGCGGGUCUACGUCACCUGGUUCCAGCACCACGACCUGCCCGCCAACAGGAACUGGAAGGACGAACUAUGAAAUCACAACUAACGAGUCUUUGUCUUAGGUCUUUGGUUAAGUUCGUUAAUUCAGGCCCAAUUUUAAGAUAUGGUUUCCAAGUAAACCAACAUUGGUCUGACCGAAACCUUACCUUGAGCGAUCGUUUUAAAGAAGCGGUCGGGGAACUUUUUUGAUUAUUACCCCAAAAUAUUGUUGUGUAAGUUGAUAUUACCCCAUGGCGAAGAACAAAAAAAAAAACGAA